GCAGGCUGCGAUUGGACGGAGCGGAGGCCUCGGCGUGAAGCCGCGGCGCGGGCCGGCAGCGGCCAUGGCGGAGGGCCCAGCGGCGCUGGACGCGGCGGCCCUGGAGCUGCUGGAGGCGCUGGAGAGGCUGCAGGAGAAGCGAGGCCUGCUCGGGGACCUCCUGCGGCAGGGGUGGUUGUCCCUGUCCCAGGCUCGCUACUCCCUGGGCUGCCACCGAGUGUCCUCCCUGCAGUACGGAGCCGCCAUGGUCCCGCGCGUGCGGGUCCGGCCCAGGCAGGACCCCGGAGGACCUCUCCGCUUCGAGGAGGUUCCAGGCACAGGGGAGGACCCCCAGGAGCUGCGGCGGGAGGGGGACAGCGAGCUGCGGCAGCGCCGCCCCCCCACUAAGACAGGGGGCGCCGCCCCCCACCCCAAGCCCCCCGUCGACCCCUUGACCUGGUUUGGGGUCCUGGUGCCCCCCAGCCUGCGGCAGGCCCAGGGCAGCUUCUGCCAAGCGGUGUCUCUGGCGCUGGAGGUGGCAGAGCUGCAGGGCCAGGUGGCGGCGGCCAUCGCUCACUAUCGCCACCUGCUGGCGAGCGGCGGAACUACAGGCGACAGCAGCGAGAGCCCAGGGGGCACCGAGCCCCUGGAUACCACCCAGCCCCCGGGUGCCAGCGAGGCUGCAGGGCAGGCAGGGGCUGCGACGUGA